CGAACCAGCGCGAGGGAAGGCUGCGCGUGCGCACCUUUCGAUUUUCCGAAGUACGUAGUGUUGUGUCGUGAUUGUGUUUGUGAUUAGUGUACUGUGGAUUCAAGGAUUUUUCUCACCCCAAGACAUUUAGAACGCUGUCGAAGCAAGCAGCGCCAUUUAAAUGUUCGUGGAUGCUAAAUAUAAUAUAAAAAUAAAUACUCCAUAGUUUCAUCAAUACUUGUACUUACAUGUAAUCCAGGAUGUUUCUUUAAGAUCGUCUUAAAGUGGAAAGAUUUCAAGUGGAGAUAUGGAGGCUUCCUCAUCAGAUUACAGCGAUGAAGAGGUGGGAGUGCUAGCUCGUGGUCAGAAAUUAUGGGUGAGAGGGGUGCGGUCACACACCACUUGUGCUGAUAUCGUCAGGGCCUUACAAGAUACUCCUGAAGCCAGUUGCUUGAGUGAACCAGGAGAGUGGGUUCUAGCUGAGCGAUGGAGGGGGGUGGAACGACCUUUACCACCAGAUGUGCCCGUGCUGCAUGUAUUGGCUGCGUGGGGAGAUGCUAGACAUGAAGUUCGCCUAUCUCUUCGAAGAUUGUCCAGCGGUGGAGAAGAUGAUUCUGGACGAGACAGCGACGCUGGUAGUUGCAGUAGGACGAGAAGACGACGGAAAGGUCAUAGAGCAGCAACACCUCCACCGAGAGCUAAGAGUGAAGAGCCAGCAGCGAGACUCGUGUCUGUGAUACAGCAUCAGAGUAGGACGAUACACCAGCAACUAGAUAAGCUUAGGGAACAGGAAAAACUAAUUGAUCAAUUGGAAGACCAAACACACAAAAGUAGAAUGGAGAAGCAUGGAACAAAUUAUCUACUGGAAUCAUAUCUGAGAGAUCUCGGGAGGUGCAGUGAGGUAAAUGAUAGCCAAACAGCCAACAGUGACAGCGGUGUGGGAGUUGGCAGUGGCACACCACCAAGAAGACACACAAAACACAAAUCCAGAAGAGAACGGCACUUAAUGAGAGAGCACUACUUUACUAAAGAACUUACAGAUAUCUGCCAAGUAAACUCCGAAAGAUUGAUUCAAACGCACACCGAUACAGAUUCAGAAGCAUCAGCCGACGAAUUAACAAAAAUAAGGGAAGAAAUUGAACUUCUUGAAAAGCUCGCGAUUAUAAACAAAAGACUUCACCGCGAAGAGGAGCUAGUCGUUCGAUUAACAGCGAAGGUAAAACGAUAUACAGACGAAAACAAGGCAAAUAGCUGUGAAAACGUAUCACAAGUGACAAUGCUAAUUGACAAAAUAGAGGAAGAUCUAGCAAAAACAGCACAAGAAAUGCAAGACAACACUAAAGAGUUGGAAAGAACAGAAAGUGAAUUGGAAUAUAGAAUGAAAUUGUUAGAUGAAUUAACCUUACAAUUGGAAGAAGAAGAGUUACAAAAUACUAUUUUGGAAAGACAAUUGAAUGAGGCAUCAAGCCGGCAGCCGAUAGCGUUGCAAGAAAGUUACAUACCUGUUUUAGAUCAAAACCAGCCCAUCUUCACGUACACAGGAAACGGAUAUGUAUUAGAUACCCUUGUAUGACACAACUUAUACACAUAAAUGUAAACAAUAUGUAAGAGCGUUUAUUUAAUUUCGAUAAAGUUGGUAGCUGACAAUUGCUGGCACGGUGCUUUCGAUCUUUUCAGCUAUCUUCUAUAUUAUCUUUAUAACCCACAUGCGAGACAAUUAAAUUUUACCUGAAAAGUAAUAAUUUGAUUUUAAUAGAUAGUAUUGCAACUUGCAACAAUAUCCACCCUGUCAAUUAUAAAAAUAAAGUUAAUAAAUAUAAUAUAACGCAAGACGGUCAUUUUUAAAUUUGCAGAUUUUUUAAUCUUUCAUUGUAAUCAUUUCUUCAGUGAUAUGUUGCCAGCUCUUUCGAAGCAAAAUACUAGAAGUGGGCUCAUUCUUUAAACGAAUAUAUUUUAAAAAAUUGUGUCUUCAGAAAAUAAUUAGAAAUAUUACUUUCUUAGUUCAUGUGCAUAUGUAUAGUAUUUUGUUGUUAUUCCAAAGAUAUAUUUGAAAUUACCAUAAGUUAGCUUCCGCGUGAUUGAAGUCCAAAAUUCUAGAAUCUCGAGAAUUAGUUUUAUAUAAAUGGUGCUAAGAUUAAUUGUAUAUAGUUAAGUUUUGUAUAUUUAUAUAUUGUCCCAUACCAAAAAUGUACAACAGGACCACCAAUAUCGAUUGUAAUAAGUUAGACCUAGUCAAAUUGGUAAGAUGACAAUAAGUAAUAAUCUACAAGUUUGUAUUCAUGAAAUAUAUAAAUAAAACUGACGCCGGAUAAAAAAAUGAUUUCAUUUUUUUUAAAUCUUAAUUUAAAAGAAAUACCUUUUUAUUAUUCAUACCUAAAAAUAUAAGUGCAUUUUUGCUUUGACGUAUCACAUAUUUUAGCAUGGCAACCCAUCUGGGUUACUAGUGACUUGACAACCCGCCAUAGAGAUAUGUUGCAGUACAAUAUCAUUCACUGUUACAAAUUGAUUCAAAUUAUUAAAAAAUGAUAAAGAUCUGUCAUUAGCAUCAUACCACUGCACUUCACCCCUUUGGGUUCUAUGGAUAUGAACCAGUCGUAUUCGCUACGAGUCGUUGUACUACUGGUUUUCAUGUUGAACCCUGGCAUAUAUUAUUGAUGCUUUAUACUGAA